AUAUAAAAGCGAGGCCGUCCAUUUUCACUUCACCUUCUUGUCAGUAAACCACGGUGGUUGUUUGACAGGGUAUUUUACAUCGUUUUCAACGUUCAACUCGUUUUAAAAACCUUCAAAAACAAACUUAUAAUCAUGGUAAGCAAUAAUAUUUUAAAAUAUAUUGUGAAAAAUGUAUAUAUAUAUAGAUAAAAAGGAAAAAUUAAAUGUUGACGAAACCGUUGACCUAGAUAUUUCAAAUUAGCGUUAGGCGUUAGGUAAUAUCUUGCUGAUAUUUCCUAAUUUCUAAUAUAAUUGACUAAUAAUACAAAUAAAUUUUAUAUUACUUAGUCACUAUUUAUAUGUCGGUUGCAGGCAACUGCUCUUGAAGCGCUUUCUCAUAAUGAGUCAUUGCCCAUCCUAAGCUAAUCGAUUUUUUUCUUUUUCACAGCGUGAGUGCAUUUCUAUCCACGUCGGACAAGCCGGUGUUCAAAUCGGAAACGCCUGUUGGGAGUUGUAUUGCCUGGAGCAUGGAAUCCAACCGGAUGGCCAAAUGCCCAGCGAUAAAACUAUUGGAGGAGGAGAUGAUUCAUUCAACACCUUUUUCUCCGAAACCGGAGCUGGAAAACACGUUCCCCGCGCCGUUUUCGUUGAUUUAGAACCAACUGUUGUUGAUGAAGUUAGAACUGGCACCUAUCGUCAAUUGUUCCAUCCAGAACAAUUGAUCACUGGUAAGGAAGAUGCCGCCAACAACUACGCCAGAGGACAUUACACCAUUGGAAAGGAAAUCGUUGAUUUGGUCCUUGACAGAAUCCGUAAAUUGGCUGAUCAAUGUACUGGUCUUCAAGGAUUCCUAAUCUUCCACUCUUUCGGUGGUGGAACUGGUUCUGGAUUCACCUCCCUUUUGAUGGAACGUCUAUCGGUUGACUAUGGAAAGAAGUCGAAGUUGGAGUUCGCUAUCUACCCAGCUCCUCAAGUUUCAACCGCUGUUGUUGAACCCUACAACUCCAUCCUUACUACACACACCACUCUGGAACACUCCGAUUGCGCUUUUAUGGUUGAUAAUGAAGCUAUCUACGACAUUUGUCGCAGAAACUUGGAUAUUGAGCGCCCAACUUACACAAAUCUAAAUCGUUUGAUUGGCCAAAUAGUAUCAUCUAUCACGGCCUCUCUAAGAUUUGACGGAGCUUUGAAUGUGGAUUUGACCGAGUUCCAAACUAACUUGGUACCAUACCCAAGAAUCCAUUUCCCUCUCGCCACCUAUGCUCCAGUCAUUUCUGCCGAGAAAGCUUACCACGAACAGCUUUCUGUUGCUGAAAUCACCAACGCUUGCUUUGAACCAGCAAACCAGAUGGUUAAGUGUGAUCCUCGUCAUGGAAAAUACAUGGCCUGCUGCAUGCUGUACAGAGGUGACGUUGUUCCCAAGGAUGUCAACGCAGCUAUUGCUACCAUCAAGACCAAGAGAACGAUCCAAUUCGUAGAUUGGUGUCCCACUGGAUUCAAGGUUGGAAUCAACUAUCAACCACCUACCGUUGUACCAGGAGGUGAUUUGGCUAAGGUACAGAGAGCUGUUUGCAUGCUUUCCAAUACCACUGCUAUCGCCGAAGCCUGGGCUCGUCUUGACCACAAAUUCGACUUGAUGUACGCCAAGAGAGCCUUCGUGCACUGGUAUGUAGGAGAAGGUAUGGAAGAAGGAGAAUUUUCCGAAGCUCGCGAAGAUUUGGCCGCUUUGGAAAAAGAUUACGAAGAAGUCGGUGUCGAUUCAGUUGAAGAGGAAGGCGAAGGUGACGGAGAAGAGUAUUAAACGCCCGUUUGAGUUUAAUUAUUUCACCGUCAAAAUGUAAUCGAAUACAGCAUGAUGAUAAAAAAAUUUU